GCUCCCAAACUAACUUUAUUGACAGAUACCACUGUUCUAAACUAUCAUUUUAUUGCUAAAAUGUUUUACUCCAUAAAGGUGCUCAUGCUGUCCUUAACGAAAGUUGUUCACUUCACAUGGAACGAAUCUAAGAUGUCAUGAAGACAACUAUUGCUGACCCAAUGUGGAAAUAUGAAUACGUUUGAGAGCAGAGAGCACGUUGGAAAAUGGGGUAUAAGAGAGCAGCUUUUUUUACUUGGCUAUGGCAAACUAUUUUCAAGACACUGGUCAAAAUAUAUUUUCAGUCUUCGCCCACACAACUGCCGGUAAAAAUUAAGGUGGCAGUAAUGGUAACUUAAUCUGGAAGUUGUCAAAAUCAAAACAUUGUUCAAAACCUAAACAGUAGUUGCCUCUCACAAUUGUUUUAAGAUUUCGGUUUCCUAAACAACACUACCUCCAACCAUAGACAAUUAUAUGACUUCCUAUUGAGCUGGUAGUGCGCUAAAAAUUCAUUCAUCCUCAUAAAUGUUUGUCUGAAUAAAACCACGAUUAAUGAAAUGAUAUAUGAGGACAAACGGAUUCCAGGAGUUUCUCAGGACAGAGAACAACUAUGUUGUACGUAUCCUUGGAGAACGGACCGACUGACUAGUGUCCAACCCAAAUGUUCUCUACCAUUAAAUAAAUUUGCAGCUUCAAUAUCAUGCCCACUGAAGAUUGCUCAAAAUGUCCGUUUCUAUGCCGUUCCUGGAGUAAAAGCAGCUUAUGUUCGGGAUAAGCCACAUAUGAAUAUCGGUACUAUUGGACAUGUUGAUCAUGGAAAGACUACUCUCACUGCAGCUAUCACUAAAGUUCUCGCUGAGAAAAAUUCAUCUGUUUAUAGAAGCUAUGAAGAAAUCGACGCCGCACCUGAAGAACGACGCCGUGGUAUAACAAUUAAUGCAGCAGUAGUUGAUUAUACAACAUCCAACCGACACUACGCUCAUACCGACUGUCCUGGUCACGCUGAUUACAUAAAGAAUAUGAUAACUGGAGCUAAUCAAAUGGAAUGUGCCAUCCUGGUCGUUGCAGCUACAGACGGGACUAUGCCGCAGACGAGAGAACACUUAUUGUUAGCUAAGCAAAUAGGAAUCGAGAAAUUGGUUGUUUUCAUUAACAAAGCCGAUGCAGCAGAUCCAGAAAUGCUAGAAUUGGUAGAACUUGAAGUGAGAGAUACUCUAAAACAAUAUGGAUUUGAUGGAGAUAACACACCGAUUGUCAGUGGUUCUGCUCUUUGUGCACUAGAGAAUCGUGAUCCUAAAUUGGGCAAAGAAAAAAUCGAAGAAUUACUUGAUGUAAUUGAUUCAGUCCCUCUGCCAAAAAGAGAGAAAGAUAAACCAUUUUUACUACCAGUUGAACAUGUUUUCUCUAUUACUGGUCGAGGUACUGUCGUCACCGGUCGCAUAGAGCGUGGCACGUUGAAACUACAAGCUCCGGUAGAAAUUGUCGGCUACAGUCAAAUUUUAAAAUCCACUGUCACAGGGAUUGAGAUGUUCCAUCAACUCUUGGAUCAAGCAGAACCUGGUGAUCAAGUUGGAGUUUUACUGAGAGGUGUAAAACGUGAUGAUAUACGACGGGGUCAGUUUGUUGUAGAGCCGAAGUCUUUAUCAAUGCAUGAUUACGUCCAAUCCCAGGUUUAUAUGCUCUCCAAAAAGGAAGGUGGACGCAGUAAACCAUUUACAAAUAAUUAUCAGCUUCAUGUCUUCAGCAAGUCAUGGGAUUGUUCUGCUUUUCUGGUACUUCCUGAAGGUAAAGAGAUGAUUAUGCCCGGUGAAGAUGCUGCUGUUAACCUGCAUUUCCAAAAGAAAAUGGCUCUUGAAGUUGGACAGCGUUUCACUAUCCGUUCUAGUGGUAUUACUCUAGGCUAUGGUGUUAUCGGAAAAGUCCUGCCUGGCCCUGGCCCUGGAAGUUGGACCAGCUAAGACUCAAUUAUAUUUGUAAUUAUUCUUACUUCCUAUACUCAUCCUAUGUUCAACUCAUUUUUAAAUAAAUAUUUAGUAAUAAUAUACCAUUGUACAGUACUGCACUGAAAGUGUUUGGGGUUAUCAUUGAGUACACUGUUUUUUGGUGAUGAAACUUAUCAAUCUCUAAUUUGUAAUUUUCCCACUGAAAGAUGGAAAUAUCCUCUAAUGUUAUAUAUGAGAAACUUGCAGAUAUAUAUCUGUUAGAAUAAGGCAUUAAGAAGACAAAUUUCACGAGAUGAUAUCAUUUCGUAGU